GAAAUAUAUGAAUUAGUGCUACCUACCUAUUUGCAGGCCUGCACAUUAUAGUAUCAAGUUUAUGCAGCUAGAUACGAAAUAUUUAUGCAUUUGCAUAUCUAGUGAUGCCAGCUGAGGGUCUUCAGUUCAGCUGGUCUCAGCUGUCCCUAAUCUUGGCUAACCUGUCUUAAUAUGUGGAUACUAGGAACAUGUAAAGGAAAAUCCCUCCUUAUAUUCAAGCCUGUUUAAUUUUCAUUACGCGUCUAAAUAAGCUUUGCUACCCAUAUUCUCACCUUAAAUGUCACCACUUUUCCAUUUAAAUCUUGAAAGCCGGGCAGAUAUUUUACGACCAUAGCCAAAUCGGAAGGCGAAUUUCGGCGCAUCUCUUUGGCUCCUUGGCGUGGAGACAGACUCACCAACGACAUCGUCGUAUAAACGCACGGGUAUGUUUCGGGUCCCGAUUUACACAGGGAUGGCCAUGAACGAGGUCCCAAAGACUGCAACGUCGAGCGGCGAGAAUUUGUUUGUGAGCGACUACUUUAAAUCGAACGGCGAUGGCUACAUGUCAAUUCUCUCCUUCCGCGCUCCCUUGCGUUAGAAUGCGUGGCCUGUCCUUACAGAAUGAGAUCCUUCAGUUUGCUUGCGGCUUCUCUAGCUGCGGGAGUUACCACAGCAGCGGCUGCAUUGGAAGUCGACCUGCCGAUUUCAGCAAAAUCAGACGAGGUUGAUUCCGGCUUCACGGCCGUUAUCUACGAUUCGGCGCGUCCUAUCCUCGUCGGUAACGACGGUGGCGCUAGUACGGGUGGCUUUCGCACGUUCGAUUUAGAUAGCGAAACUAAUCUGACGGAGACGAGCCACGAGACGCCAGGACGAACCAAGCUUGUGACGACCGCAUACGAUAUCGGCGGGAAGGACCUCAUUGUUACCAUAGCUCAGCCGGAUUCGUACUUUCGCCUGUAUGAUGGAAGCACCAUUAAACAGGUCGGGGAACCUCUUGCACAUACCCUAGGCGAUUGGUCGGCGCUAUGUGGGUGGAAAAGCCAGUCCAGCAGUGAACAGUACCUCUACCUGUUCGGUAAGAGUGAAGCCGUGCAAUUUCUUCUGAGAUCCCGCAAUGGCUCUUAUGAGCUCCUCGAGAUUCAGACCUUUGAGACUGAGGUUGAAGCUUCGGGUUGUGCCGUAUCUUUGUCUGCGCAAUCUGUUUACUUCACGACUAAGGGUAGCACGACGGUUUACGCAUUUCCAGCAGUAGAAACGACCACGGCGCCUGAAAUAAGCGUCUUGGGAGAAGCUGACGAUAAAAUAACUGGACUCGCCGCCUAUAUCGGUACUAACUCUGAUUAUGUCUUGGUUGCUCAGGACGAUGUCAUAUCAAUCUACAAUACUUCAUUCGCAUUGUUAGGUUCAGUGAAGGUCACCGGAGAUGAGGGUAUUGAAGUAAAGGGCCUCAAUGUAUACCAAGCCGCUACCCAGGGAUAUUCGACCGGCGCACUAACCUACGCACUUGAUUCUGAUUCUGGGAAGGCAUUUGCUGUCAGUUCUCUGGGAUCAGCGUUUAGCGACCUGGGCCUAGAAUCAUACACUGCUUAUGACCCCCGUAAGAAGUCUCUUAACACUUCUACCCUUAUCCGCCCCGAGUGCAAUCUCAGCGGCUUCUCCCAGUACAGCAAUAAUAGCAGGUCUUCAAGUUUAUGCUCAUGCUUCGCGGGAUUCACUGGGGCGCGAUGCGAGGCGUUUACCUGUCGUAACAGCUGUUCAGCUCACGGUAAAUGCGUCGGAGCGAAUGUGUGCGAAUGCGAAGAUGGAUGGGGUGGUCUUUAUUGCGCUUUCAAGGUUGUAGAACCUGCUAUCGAGACGGAUGCAUACGGCGGCGACGGAGAUGACCCUGCCAUUUGGAUAUCGCCGAGUAAUGUAUCGGAAUCGCGCAUCAUCACAACGACAAAAUCCGAAGAAGGUUCCGGACUCGGAGUGUUCGAUCUUAGUGGAAACAUGCUUCAGGUGAUGGAUGCUGGGGAACCGGACAACGUCGAUGUUAUAUACGGUUUUCAGGCUGGAAACCGGACUGUUGACCUGGCAUUCGCUGCUUGCCGGACAGACAAUACACUAUGUCUCUUCGAAAUCGCCUCCAAUGGUACUUUACAGACCAUAGCCGGCGGUUCUCAGCCUACCAAAGAUGGCUACAAGGUGUAUGGUAGCUGCGUCUACCGUUCUCAGAAGACCGGCAAACAAUACCUCUUCGUCAACGCCAAAAGCGCCGAGUAUCUUCAAUACGAACUAUCAUGGGCCAACGACGCGCUACAAACCAGUCUCGUGCGCAAUUUCACCGGAGGCGCGGGAGGUCAAGUAGAGGGAUGUGUAGCGGACGAACCGAACGGAUGGGUGUUUAUUAGCGAGGAACCGCACGCUCUCUGGCGCUACGGCGCGGAACCCGACGACGAUUCUACCAGCGGCUUCCUCAUCGAUGAAGUUGGCAGCGGUACAAUGUAUGCCGACAACGAGGGCGUGACGCUCGUGGAAGGUCCUUCGGCAGACCAGGGGUUCAUCAUUGUCAGCCAGCAAGGUGUUAGUGCGUACAACGUGUAUCGUCGCGCAGCUCCUCACGAGUACGUUGAGACAUUUACGAUAUACGAGAAUAAGGAAAAGGGUAUAGAUGCUGUAACUAACACCGAUGGUCUUACGGCGGUCGGAACGGCCCUCGGUGAUCUGUUCCCGGGAGGAUUAGUGGUUGUUCAUGACGAUGCUAACCAGUUACCUGAGGGAGGCACGAGUGAUAAGGCAAGCUUCAAGUUGUUGGAUCUUAGAGAUGUGCUUGGCGGUGCUUUGAUGGCGGAUGUUGACCCGAACUGGAAUCCUAGGGCUUCGUAAGGAAUAUGGGAUGUUUCUUGUAAAUAUUGAUGCACUCAGAAUUCAUUGACAAGCUGAGAUAUGAGAUUAGUGUAUAUAUGAAAUACAUAAC